AUGACAGAACAACACAUUCGAUCUAUAACAACAUUAACAGAAGAUUCAUCAUCAUAUAUAUAUCCAUCAUAUUCAUCAUCAAUAAUAAUGCAAUGUGAAAAACUUUUAUCAUUAGUUUUAAAUAAAACAACAACAUUAGUUAAUGAACAACAAAUUUUACCAAUUUAUAUACGACAAUUAUUAGCUAAACAAAAUUUAACAUUUCGUUUACCUAAAACAAUACCUGAAUGUGCUAUUGAAUUAACACGUCUUGCUAAUAGUACAUAUGAAUUAAAUACAACAAUAAAAACAAAUCAACAAAAUUAUAUUAUACAAGAACAUUCACGUUCAUUAAUUAUAUUUAUUAUUCUUAUAACAUGUGUUUCAUUAAUAUCUAUUAUUGGAAAUUUAUGUUUAGCUAAAGUUCUUUAUUCAAAACGUUAUCGUCUUUUACAAACUGAUCGUAUUGUUUUAUGUCUUGCAAUAAGUGAACUUUGCUUAGUUUUGAUUGAUACACCAACAGAAAUUUAUCGACUUCUUUCAUCUUCAUUUACACAAGAAUGGCUUUGUUGUUUUCAUACAUUUUUUGAAGCAUUAUUUUCAUCAUGUAUUAUAUUCUAUCAUCUUCUAGGUGCAUUUGAUCGUUUUGUUUACAUUCAUGGUCAUACAUCAUCAACAAGUUCAUCAUGGACAAAAUGGUGUCGUCAUAUAUCAACAAAAUCUGGUUCAAUAAUAUUAUUAAUUUUACCAAUAAUAUGUAGUUUACCAAUAGCUAUAUGUAAUACUCUUCAUGCACAUAUAUUAAAUACAUCAUUAACAAAUAAAAUUUGUAUUAUACAAUAUACACAUGGUAUAUUAAUUGGUAUAUUAAUAUCAUUUUAUAUAUUACCAUUACUAUUUACAUUUUUUCUUCAUGGAAAAUUAAUUUAUUUUAUUCGUACAAGACAUAAUCAAUAUUAUUUAACAAAAACAUCAUAUUUAUUACCUAUGAAACGUAAUAAUAUAACAGAAACACGAUUAAAACGAUAUAUUAAUGAAGAUAAUAUUAAAUUUCAUCAUGAAUUUCAUUUACAACCAACAAAUUCAUUUAAUAAACGUUUUAUUACAAUUAAUACAGAAACAAUAGGUGGAAUAACAACAACAACAACAAUGGCAGCAGCUGUACAAUUAGCACGAUUAAAUCAAAAUAUACAUAAUUCAAUAAAUUCAUCACAAUCAAGUCGUUCAUCAACAGCAAUAAGUUCAACACUAAUAACACCACCAAUUGUUCUUUAUAAAAUAAAUUCCCAAGCAAAUGCUAAUGCUAAUCGUACUGUUUUAUUACUUGUUCUUUUAUUAUCAUUUUAUGUUUUUUGUUGGGCACCAUAUAGUAUUUAUACAUGGUAUCAUGCAUAUAAAUUAACACAAUCAUCAACAUUAAAUAUAAAUAUAAAUAAUUUAACAUCAUCAUUUGAUUUUAAUCAAACAUUAUCAACAUAUAAUUUUAAUUCUAAUUUACGUCGAAUUAUAUUUAUUAAUUAUUCAUUAUAUUUAUUAUCAAUGAUAUCAAUGUGUUUUAGUUUUAUAUUUUAUUUUUUACUUAAUAAACAAGCACGACGUGAAUUUUCACGUUUAAUUAGAUGUAUGUGUCCAUGGAUAAUACAUAUUCCAAAUGAAGAACAAAGACAACAAUUUUUAAGACAAGAACAAAAUAGAACAAGACAAUUAAAAUAUCAUAAACGAAUUCAAAAUCAAUAUCCUUAUAAAACUGAACGAAUAAAAAUUUCUCAACCAUCAUUAAAUAAUGAACGAUAUAAUCAUGGAAAUCGUGUAAAUUCUCCUCAAAAUGUACCGUUAAAACGAACAAAACUUAAUUAUGGUUGUCAAAUUCAAUGUUGUCCAUAA